CCCUCUCGCCCGCCAACCGUAUCUUUCAACUCGAUGUUGGUGCCUGUCGGUCAUUGUUAAUCAUCAACUUUCGUAUAACUAAUCUUAUUAGCAAGUCUCGCAGAACCUGUGAAACCAAACGCUUUUCUUGGAAGAAAUUUUUUAAUUUUUUUGUACCAGAUCACACUUCAACGACAAAAUGGCAAGACGCGGACGUUCUCCGUCUCCAGCACCGAGAAGAUCAGCAGCCCCAGCUAAAACACAGCAAUAUGCACCUGCUCCACAUCACCAACCAACUCAAGUAGCUCCAGCUCAACCCCAACAGCCUGGAUUAUUUGCCCAAAUGGCAGCUACUGCUGGUGGUGUUGCUGUUGGUUCAGCCAUUGGACAUACUGUUGGCCAUGCAGUCACCGGUAUGUUUAGUGGUAGUGGUUCCAACAAUGAGGUACAACCUCAAGCUCAACCUGUACAGGCAAUUCCAAUGGAGCAAAAUAACCAACAAGGUGGAGCAUGUGCAUUUGAAAUCAAACAGUUCUUGCAGUGUGCACAAAACAAUGAUGAUAUUUCAUUGUGUGCUGGUUUUAAUGAGGCCAUUCGCCAGUGCAAGGAAGCUAACCGUUUAAUGUAAUUUAGAAAGCUGAAUUAAGAUAUUAAAGGAAGUAGUUUCAAAAUUAUAAUGGAUUAUGUUUAAUCAAUACUAAAAUACAUAAAUAUUAUCAACCAUCUUAAA